AUGGUCGAUGAAUACGGUGAAUAUGCCGAAUACGACCCGGAUUUAAUACUGACUCCCGAAUUCCAACUUCUCCAAAACCUCGUCAAGAACCCUAAUGCCUCACCCGAAGAAGCGGUUCAGCAAGUUGUGGAACUUACAAAAACAGAAGCCUUAACUGGUAAAUGGCCCAAAAAUACAAUCGGUGGAGAUUUCACCUGGAACAUUAGCCACCUUGCUCUCGAUAUUGCAACAAAUACCAAGCCUGAGAACCAGCUUAAUCUCCUUGACUUCCUGGGGAAGCUUCAGAAGGUUGCAGUCAUGGAUCCAAGGACAGGAGAGCAGCUGAUGCAUGAUCAUGAGAAGUUGUGGACGGAACUUCCAUGUGUUGGUUACUAUUCUUCUGACUUGCAAGACUUUUCGCAUUUUACUCAACAUACGCCUGAGGAAAUAGAAAAGUGGGAGAAUAGAAACACCUUUUUUGCAAGGGCUACGGCUACGUCCAAGCCCUUUGAUGAUAAGUCUGACAGUUUCGACCCAUUGGACUUUUCUCUCCUUGCAUACUUUGAAUUGAAUGGCGCCUUUGAGCCUGAGGAUAUUUAUGAAACGGCUGUGCGGACAGUAUGCAUAUGGUAUAUACAUGCGGCUGAGAAGCUGUGGUAUAAUUGCAGGAUGGGGAGGGAUUAUACCAAUGAGAAUACCCCUGACAGAAAUUUUGAUCUGAACAAAUGGGAGUUUUGGAAACGGGAGUUGAUCGCUGCGAGCGGUGUUUAUAAGGAAGGUGGGACGCAAAAGUUGAUUAAAGAGGCGAUGGAGUGUAUCAGUCGUGUGGAUGGCUCAAAUUAA